AUGGAUGAAUUUGAAAGAUUGCGUCCAGUCGGUCGAUUGGAGCAAUAUUCAACCGCCCGUCAUCAAGUCGGGUUCUAUUUGAACGUUGCAGUAUCAGCUACAUACAACCUCCCAGACUCAUUCACAUCCCCUAUCAAGGACUAUGUGUACCAAGCAUGCGAAGCCGCAAUUGCGGACCACCCGUCAUUGUCCGUCAUCGUGGCUGACGAUCACACCCAAGACCCGUACUUUGUACGACUACCCCAGAUUGACUUAGACCAAGUUGUAUCUUUUCAAGACCGCCAGCCUGGUCUUCUAGGCACAGAAGCUAAUGGCGAACCAACCCCGGAUCUGGACCUACAAACCCUUCUAGCAACGCAGCACAACUUGCCUUUCAAGGCGCCGGAUCCGUUGUGGAGAUUAUGUAUUCUCAAAGAUACAGAGAAUAAACAGCAAUUCACUGCUGCUUUUGUAUAUCACCAUGCCAUUGGUGAUGGGACUUCCGGAAAGGCAUUCCACCAAACCUUCCUGCGAGCACUAAGCACUGCUCCAGUAGAUGAACCUAAAUCGGUUAUCUUGCCGCCGCAGGUUCCUAUGCUGCCUAAUAUCGAAACUAUCCAUUCAAUGGCUCUCUCCUUCUGGUAUCUUACGAAGAAAAUCUUCCAGGCGAAGAUCUACUCGCGAAGAGAACAGGGAUUAUGGACCGGCGCUAAGAUCCGCAAACCAACCCAGACACGGCUGCGACUCGUUCCAUUCUCGGAAUCUAUAGUGACGGCUUUGAGGAAUCUCUGCCGUCAGGAAAAUACAACCAUCACCGCAUUCCUGCAGACACUGGUUGCCCGCUCGCUCUUCACACAACUCCCAGUCGAAUUCUCUAAGCUGAACUGCAGCGGCGCAUUAUCUUGUCGCCGCUGGCUGCCGGAUAUCAUCACAGAUGAUUGCAUGGGCGUCUGGGUCCAAGAUUACGAGGAACAAUAUACCCGCGAUGAAACGAUCCCUUCAUCUGACGAUACAUUCCCGUGGGCCGAAGCCCGACGAUCUCGACAGACGAUACAGUCAGUCUUAAAAAUGAAAGGCAAAGACGCUAGUAUCAGUCUCCUGCAAUUCGUCAAUGAUUACCAGCAGGAAUUAUGUUUGUCCAAGAUUGGCUUGGAGCGCGAUAAGAGUUUCGAGGUUUCUAAUGUUGGGGUAGUUCCUCUGCAGACGGAUCCUGAUAUGCCUGCUAUCAAGGGAAUGGUGUUUUCUCAAUGUGCUAGUGUGAUGGGUAAUGCUCUUCAGGUGUCUGUUGUUACUGGUGGUGACGGAUGUUUGGUGCUUGCUGUUUCUUGGCAGGAGGGUGUUGUUGAGGUGGAUCUUGUUAAUGCUUUUAUUGAGUCUGCGAAAGAUGAGGUAUAUCGUCUGACGGGGCGGGGCUGA